AUGGAUCCCCGCAGUGAAGACCGCGGAAAUGGACCAUCUACUACCGCUGCCCAGCCGCCGCCUCUCCGGCGGCGACUAUCGAUGGAGGAGGACUAUUUCUACCAGGAAGUCAUGACUUCCCCUUUAAGACGACCAUCUCAACCACCUCCCUACGAGAGGGAGUCCGGCCUAAGACGUCCCCUUGCCGGCAGCGCCGUCGCCGACUAUGGGGUCCAGGAGAAGCUGCCCGAGUACUCGUGCGACAUUGAGUUAGAGGGGGUAUGGGUGAAGAAGAUGGAGGUGGAAAACACCACAAAGAGGGCCGAAGACAGGAAUUGGCACACCACCUUUGUGCAGCUGCGCGGCACCGCCUUGAAUUUCUACAACGUGAAGAAGGAUUGGGGAUGGGGCAGGUCGAGGGACGGGCCGACAAUCUCGCCAGACAACCCGCCGUGGGUCAAGAAGUCCUCGCUCGACAGGACUUACAGUCUCCAGCACGCCGACGUGGGCAUUGCUGCCGAUUACAAGAAACGUCGAUAUACCAUCCGUGUCAGGGCCGAGACGGAUCAGUUCCUGCUCUCAUGUAUAGAGCUGACCACCUUUGUCAAGUGGCUGGAGGCAUUGUUCGCUGCCAUCGACGUCGCGGCACCCAUCGACGAGCGCGACUAUCCCCGCGACCAGAGCAUCCCCCGCAUCCAACGUAUCCGCUGGUUCCGUGGUCAGACACCGGCACAGACGAAUCACUACCCGGUACCCACGCCACGGCCCAUCAGUCCUAUCCUGCGCCAGGUGGCCUCGAACGAGCCCGAUCCGUUCCCGGCGUCGUCAAACGAGCCUGUUCUCGAUGUUCUCAACACCCUCGACAGCAUCGCGGCAGACACGCAGUCGACCGUCGGUCCGUCAUACGCCCGGAACAACGAGCCCAUCAGCAGUCGGUUGUCGACGACGUCGUAUCCCAAUGAAGCCAUCGACCCCGACACUGGAAAGUGGUCGCCCGAACACCAGUGGACCUCCGCCCACGAUCUGCUCUAUGCCAAGCUUUGCUACUCGGUGCUCUUGUUCAAGAGCCCGCGCAAAUCAAAUUACAUCAUCAGCAAAGGAAAGCAGUGGUUCGUGGACUGGGCGACGGGUCGGAUGAUCCGGGUGCUUCCACCAGCGUACGGCGAGAUCGACUUCUUCGGACCGUGGCAAGUCAUCCACACCGAAAACAGGAGGAUCUAG